GUCCCCACAGAUAGAGGCCAAAGCUCCACAGGAAGAGGAUGACCUCUCAUCCACAGUCCGUCUUUGGCUGACUGUUGCACGGAACAGCUAAAUCAGGAGUCGGUGAUGGGAGCUGGAUUAGGAAGUGCAAGAGAAAUCUGCAAACAGAUUGGUGACUGGGAUGCAUCCUUAGGGCUGGGAAGCAUGGGAGGAGAGUGGAAUCUCUGAAUCGCUGCUAAAAUCUCGAGAGAGCGUUCAGCAGGCUGAACUGAACUGAACGCACGUGGAUGAAACAGCAGCAUGCACCGUUAAGCCUCACACUCACCAAAGGCUCUGGGGAAAUUCCUCCCCGCGUGGGCCGGCGUCGAGCGGAGAAGGACGAAGCUGAGCUGAAUGAGGAGAGGAGAUUCAUGGGGCCGUGCGCGGGGUUUAGAGAAUGGAAAGGCUUCAAUUAAUGGUGUCUGAGUUCAGGCCGCAACAUCCGUGGAAGUUUUUCGGACAAUCGGGGUUUGCGAAUUAUGCAGCUAGGGAAAUGUUCCAGUGCGCUCCUUACGGCAUCACUUAAACCUCCAAUAGGGUCGCCGGCUAAAAGUAAUACAGAGAAGAAGGUUGAGAGGAAUGGAAGCCCUAGAGAUGACAGGAAAGUGGAGAGGUUGGGGAAUUGGCUCAGAAGACAUGGCCAUCACGACUGCAAUCUGCGCCUGGAAAGGUGGCCCCGUGGAAGUGAUGCUCCUGGAUAUGGAAUGGUGGCUGGUCCCGGAGGAAUCAACAAACAUGACGUCAUUGUCCGCGUGCCGAAAGAAGCGCUCAUGACCGAGCAGACCGCAGCAACUUGUCCAGAUGUUGGCCCAAUCGCCGACAGAGCGCAUCUGAGCCCUUGGCAAGCUAUGUGCUUGCAUCUACUAUGCGAACGAGCUAGGGGAGAAAAGAGUCCAUGGUACCCCUACAUUUCGUUGCUUCCAUCCGAGCUCCAAAUGGCCGGUGCCCAUCCCAUGCUUUGGCCUCAGAGAAUGCGAAAAGAUUGGUUAGCUGGAUCCCCCAUGCUGGAUACUACUGAGCGGAGAUUGCAAAUAUGCAGGGAGGAUCAUGAAGCCAUGCUUGCUGGUGGUGCCAGCAAACUGAUGCCAGCUGGUCCUGGAAGUGGAGGAUUUGUGACCGAGUCAGCCGUCCGCUGGGCAGCAGUUAUUCUCCUUAGUCGUUCUUUCUCUCUCGACUUAGAUGAGGCGGUGCAGCUGGAUUCUGGACCUUCCAUUGCACUAGUGCCAUGGGCAGAUAUGCUUAACCAUAGCAGUGCAGCUGGAAAAGAGUCAUGUCUUGUAUACGAUUCUCAAACUAGGACAGCUUCCCUUCGAGCCCACAAAAAUUAUGAAGAAGGAGAGCAAGUCUAUGACUCGUACGGACCAAACUUGUCACCGUCUCAACUUCUCUUGGACUACGGCUUUGUCGACAAAGAAAAUCGAAAUUAUGCGGUAGAUCUACCGGUACAAUAUCUAGGCCCUCUGAAAAGCAAGCGCAAUGCAACGCUCUUGGAGACGGUUGGCUUGCCGUAUGGAGGUACAAUGUUUACACUCACUCCAACCGGAGUCAAUGAAAGCGUCUUGGCCUGGACCCGAGCAGCGGUAGCUUCACCGAAGGAACUCUCAGAUGCCGGUUGGAGAGAAGAUACGGCCAUGAGUAUGUGGCAGCAUCAUGGGGCAUCGACAGCAAUGGCUCACUUUUCCAGGGCCAUCACUCGUGAGAAUGAAGGAGAGGUGUUGAGGAGAAUACUCUGGGCCUGUGAAGACCUUCUCAAUCGCUAUCCAACUAAUCUCGAAGACGACGUUGCCUCCUUGACUGCAAACGAUGCUGACGGUACGAAGGCAGUGCCAUUACCGUGGGCAAGACAACAGGCGGUGAGGGCCAUAAUAUCAGAGAAGAUGGCCUUGAUAGGUGCUCGUCAGCAGCUUUGGGAGGCGUUGAAGAAGCUGAGGUCAGGGGUAUCAGUGCAUCAACUAUACGGCUGAGUAGAAAGCUCUUAGGAUUCGCCUAAAGUAGUACAGCCUUGAAUAUAUCUAGGGAUCUAUUAAGUACCAAGUGAGUUCGGAACUCUAAGGUGGUCAGGCGCUGCUAAUUUGAAGCUCUUACAGUGAAGUUGAGAUCCUACGGUGCCUCGAACGGUUCGUCCUAGGGAUACGUUAUCUGGACUCGAUAUAUUCUUGCUCGAUCGAGUUAGAAUGGAGUAAUGUGGACAUCUCUUACCGAAGUCCCUGCAUCAGCUUCUGAAACCUUUUAAUUCACAUCGAUGCUGAAGCAGCAGUGAGACUGCUAUGCCACUUGGUCAGAUCGUUUUCGUUUUUGGUCUCAAUCGAUCUCACAUCGGAACUGCCAGUGUCAUCAGUUCGCAUUAGCUCUGAAGCAGCCGGUAGAAGGCUUUGUUAUGUACCAAGGUUCUCCUUGUGGUCAAUACCGAGGAGGGGUGGAACUUAUUGACCUUUCUGCAUAGCACAAAGUUUCUUCAAGUUGCUACUUGAUGAAGGGAUUAUACUGAAUGUAUUGGAGACUAUCUGGAGACAUGAAUAUAUCAUGAAUACACAUUAAUUUUAA